UCAAACCUACCAGUCUCUCAGAACACUCCAUUGUGUCCAUACGCCGAUCGUUGUGAACGCGCUACUUUCUAACGACGAUAUAUUAAAUCUCCUUAAGUGCGUGCCAGUGUAGUGAUCGGGGUGUAUCAAUCAAGUGUCAAUACAUCUGAUGUUACUAUAUCUUCAUAAGGGAUGACAUUACAACCUGCUGUUGGACUUCCGAAGCUCGCUGAUCUGUAUAGUGAGGACUAAUGUUGUGGACGUCGCUAAUGGUGCGAGGAUGCGCGAGGAGGAAUUGGAGGUGGCGCUGAAGGUGGUGAUCGUGGGGGACGGUGGAGUUGGCAAGUCCAGCAUGAUUCAGCGCUACUGCCGUGGGACCUUUACCAGAGACUAUAAAAAGACUAUAGGCGUUGACUUCCUUGAACGUCAAAUUGAAAUAGACGCUGAGGAAGUGCGACUGAUGCUGUGGGACACGGCGGGACAGGAGGAGUUCGAUGCAAUCACCAAGGCGUACUACAGGGGUGCGCAUGCGUGCGUGCUAGCCUUUUCUACCACGGAUCGAGAUUCGUUCUUGGCCCUACACUCAUGGAAACUUAAGGUGGAGAACGAAUGUGGGGAGAUUCCAACUAUAAUAGUUCAAAAUAAAAUAGACUUGAUGGAUCAAUGCGUCGUGGGACCUGAUGAGGCGGAGCUGGUGGCGCGUGCGCUCGGCUGCCGCCUGAUGAGGGCAUCUGUGAAAGAAGAUGUGAAUGUGGGCGCGGUAUUCCGCGCGCUCGCCGCAAGGUGCCUGGCGGAUAUGCGUCGGGAGGACUCCGAUGAAAUUGCACCACCGUGCGUUUCGCCUGUCAUUGGCACAUUCACAAACCAAAACAGCAAUGGGACCAUACUCCUGAGACCUGUGAAGCAUAGACCGGGCGGCAAGAAGAAAAACGUGCUCAAAAAUGCUUGCAGGAUACUAUGAUUGAUCGCCAUCCACAUCAAAUUACCAUGUCACGGAACAGUGGCCUUUAAUAACGUAGUUAAUAAAGCUACAUUUUGAUUGCAAAAUGU